CUGGAGACUGAGGCGGGGAGGCUGAGGGAGCAUGGCCAUGAACCGAGGAGCAGGGAUCCUCUUUGUCCUCCUGCUGUGCUGCUGGCAGGAGACCAAGUUCCAGCCACUCACCACGACCACAGGUUCAACUACUGACAUGCUAUUGAGUUCGAAAAGUCAGGAUAUGCCUGGACUGUUUGAUGAAAUUCUCGUCCAAGAGAUUUUGGACCCAAAUAAGACGGCAUUGGCUGAGACAACAAGCAUAGUGUCAACAAUGGCAGAAAAGCUGGCUGAGGAGAAAAAUGCUGGUAGUGAUACCAAUUCUCAAUCUGCCAGUGCUGAGAAUUACCACGAAUUAUUAGAUAGUCUACAUUUCUCUUCUGGCAAUGAAGACAAAGUGUUCAAUAAUGAACCCAGCGCUAAAGAGACUCUCCAGGCCAGCAGCAGCUCUAAGAAAUACAAAGGCUCACGGUUGUCUUUGGGCAAUGAGGGGACGACUUCCGGUAAAGGAAAGAAGAGUUCAAAAAAUGAUCAAAGUAAAAGAGUAUCGGUUCUGGACAAAAUCCUUCAAAAUAUAGAAAGAACUUCAGGAAACAUUUUCCAGUAAAGAGAAGUGGAGGACCAUGCCCAGGAGCAGAGCUCGGAGAGCCAGUGAGGCCACAGUGGCAGGGCCCCAAGCAGGAGCCAAAGGCUGCCCCAGACCCCUAGGAAUAAAG